AUGACGCUGUGCAAUCUUUGCAGGACAAUCCCCUUGGAUACACUUCCUACGGUUCCUCAAGACAUUAAAUGUGGAUAUAUGACCGGGUAUCCAUAUAUCCAAUACUUCCGUGACUGGCGUUUGGAGGAUAAAGGUUUCUUGCAUUACCAAAGUCUCGAUGCUUUACAAGGAUCCGCAUCGGAUUUACACUGUGUUCUCUGCAAUCUUAUUCUAGAACAAGUGCUUCGGUGCCAAGCAGAGCUUGAGAAACUCAAGCCGAGCUGGGAACUGUAUGGGGCAUAUAAGUAUGCAUGGCCGCUCUGGGAGUUCUGGCUAGUCAAGCCUGCCUCUGGGAGAGAUGGCUUUUGGGUUAUGACAUUCACGGAUGAACUAGGAUUCAAGGGUGAAGUAAGGAGAGGUGAGGCAAGACUGGUUGCAGCCAUUGGUCUCUGCGUUAAAGAUGCAUCUAAUGGCACUGAUAGCUCUGAAGGAUUAUUCAGUGAGAUACCAACAAGAAAAUACGUUCAGAUUGAUCUAGUGUUUGGGGACCUACAAGGUCAAGUUUUAGCCUUCAGCCUUCCGCUCCGAGAAGAGGCAUUCAGCACCGAGUGUUUGAUGGAAGACAAACAUCCAAGCUUUCCCACCUUUGUGGACUAUAUAACCUUGCCUAAAGAACCGCUCUCAGGACGCGGUUGGACUUUACAGGAGCGCGUUUUGUCUCAUAGAACCCUUCAUUACAGCAAUCAACAAAUGCUAUUCGAAUGCAAUGAAGCAUUUCUCGGGGAGGAUGGCUUGUUCUUGCGAGCUAGAUUCGAAACUGUCCAUCAAAAGAGGAACGAAAGAGAAGCCACAGCAAUUGAUCAGGAAAGCAAGCAUUCUAUCUACAAAGACGCGUUAUUGAAGUCAUGGUAUAGACUGGUUCAGCUAUAUGGAAAACGGCAUCUCUCAAUACCAUCGGACAAACUUCCUGCUAUAUCAGGUCUUGCCAGCAUCUUUGCAGAGCGGCUGGAUGACCAGUACCUGGCUGGCCUUUGGCGAUCGGACCUCGUCGUGGGGUUGUGUUGGCAAGGUCUAAAAUACGGACGCAGACGCGUGAGAGAGUAUAGGGCCCCUUCUUGGUCAUGGGCAUCGGUAGAUGGAGAUGUUUCACCAGGCAUUCCAUAUACGUAUAAGAUAUUGGCGAAGAUAAUGGAUGUCGAAGUUACACUCAAAGGCGCAAAUCCCUAUGGCGAGGUCCUGGAAGGAAAGAUCAAGAUCUGUGCGCCGAUGAAACGUCUAUAUCUGACUCGAAGAGGAUCGACGCAACAGGCUGAAUUUGAACUACGUACGAAAAACGCUCAGACUGGACGUAUAAGUUGCUGCUUUGACUCUAUUGAGUUCACUGAAGACCUUUUCAAGGAAGCAGGGGGGAUACCCGAGAAUAUUCGAGCGAGGGAGCUUUUUGCUUUACUUCUUAUAGAAACACCAGGCUUCAGCGAUGGGCAGUUACCAUUCUGGGGCUUGGUUAUUGAAAGGAUUCAGGAAAAGGAAGAGUAUCAGAGAGUCGGGAACAUUAGGACUUCCAGGAAAGCAUUAAGAGAAGAGCUUAAAGAUGGACUGGGAAAACAUUACUCGUCUAUGAUGGUCCCCCCAAGACUCCGAGGCUGCUGUGAUAGCUGCACCAGAAGCAAGCUCAAGUGCAGCGGCGAAAUGCCUUGUUGUCAACGAUGUCGGAGACGAGGCCUGGACUGCAUUUACAGCAAAGCUCGCCGUGCUGGGCGUCCACGUCUCAAGCCCAAGCCAAGUAAAGCAUCUAUCCUAUCCUCUGUUGAUCAGAAACCACAAACCGAUAUCGCGAGUUACAGCGACCAACCUUUCAACAGUCUUCAAAGUUCAAACGACGACCUCGUUCUGCCAUCACUUCCAGAUCUUGUUUAUUAUUCGCCACACUGUCAGGAUAUCGCAUUAUUGACGCAAGAUCCUUGGACUUCAACGCCAUGUCUCAGCUCAGAUGUCACACAGCCGUCAAGCGUCUGCGGUUUAGAUGACUUGAUGCUGCAGGAUGUUCUGUUGAUUAACGCCGACGGCUUUAGUUCGACGUCACCUAGGAGUUUGCAGCAAGAGUGGAGUCAAGAAAGCGCUUUGCACAGCGAUGGCCUAGGAGAUGCCCGUCCAAAACAUGAUUUAAGCGGCGAGGGGACACUCUGUCAUAGCUCCACGAGCCCACUGGGGCUCUACACUAUCACAGGCCUGGACACAGAUGAUACCAGUAGCCAUCUGACAGAGGUCGAUAUGGAGAUUAACUCCAUCAUGGCCACUAUCGCGGACAUCGCCAAACAACCAAUGGGAUCGCAUCAUCUCCGCGACGAACUAUGCACAACAUGCUGGCCGCAGCUCUUGAGCAAAUCCCAACUGCUCAUGUAUAUCGCUGGGUCAGAGAACUCAUCUCUCUUACGUCUGGAUGCAGUACUACAAGUCUCGUGGACAGUCGAGCAGGUACAGAAACGGAUUUCAGGAUGUCCUACCUGCAUGUCUCGGAGUAUGGAGUUGUCUAGCAUGCUUGCUCUGUUGUAUGACUGGAUCUCAUCUCAGAUUUCAUAUGCUCUUGAGAAUCCUGCGGUUAUCCAGAGUUGUCGUCUGACGAUCGGUAACUCAGUCCUGACAGGGCAAAACGGCAUUAUCGGCACAUACGAACUCGUUAGAUACAGGAUCAUGAGAGCCAUUCAUGUAAUAGAGAGCAUAAAUAACACGAAUGCGACAAUGGGGGAAGGGAAUUCUGGCCAUCUAUACCAAGUGGUCAGACUUAUGCUUGAAGUAGCUAAGAGUCGAUUGGAAGCCAUGUCAGGAAUGAUAGACCUUUUAGAAAGCGAGCAGUUCUGCAGUAUAUAA